AUGAGUGAAUUCAAUUUAGAAGACUACAAAAAGUAUGAUAAAUUUAUUGUUAGUGAAGUAGAAGAAGGAUUCUAUCAUGUACAAUUCAACAAUCCGAAAUCCUUAAAUGCAUUUACAGAACAAGUUUGGAGAGACUAUGCAGAAAUAUUAGAAAGGUUAGAUAAAUGUGAGGAAACUAGUGUGAUUUUGAUCUCAUCCGCAAUUCCCAAGGCAUUUUCCAGUGGGUUAGAUUUAAAGGAUGCAAUUAAAACUAUGUCAAGUACUGUACUGAAUUCUGAAAAGGAAAGAUAUGAUUCUUUACAUCAACACAUUGUUGAUUUUCAAUAUUGCAUUGCUGCCCCUGCUCGUAUCAGAACUCCUACGAUUUGCUUAAUGAAUGGAAUCAAUUACGGGUUGGCUUUGGACAUUUCUUCAGCAUGUUCCAUUAGAGUCGCGACUGCUGAUUGCAAGUUCUCUAUACGAGAAAUCAAGAUUGGGAUCCCAGCCGAUAUUGGUUCUUUACAAAGAAUGCCAACUAUAGUCAACAACAAGUCAUUGAUGUACCAAUAUGCUUUGACCGGUGGUGUUUUUGGCGCUGAUGAAGCCACCAAAUUGGGUUUUGUUAGUGCUGUCCUUCCAGAUCUAAACGCAGGAGUUGAAUAUUGUAAAAACUUAGGUGAAAAUAUUAAUCAACAUCAACAAUGGGCUAUCAAGGGAACCAAGGAAAGUAUUCAAUCUAUUGUUGAUAAUGGUUCACCUUCCGAAGGAUUGAAGAACAUAGCACAUUAUAAUGCUACUCAUAUUGACGGUAGAUUUGUCAGAGCAAUGUCGGGUAUUAAACUCUAG